GCGCUCACCUCCCGCUGCUGCCCGCCUGUAGACCGGGUUCCGUUGCCGCUGAGACGCCGAGGUUUUCCCCCGGAUGACUGGAAUCGAGGGAUCAUGACGGGGAAGAAGUCUUCCCGGGAGAAGCGGCGUAAACGGAGCAGCGAGGAAAUAGCACCUUCAUUCACGACCCCGGACCUCGUCCCGGCCCUCGCCAGUAGCGGCACUGGAAGUACCAGCGGCUGUGGCAGCGCAAGCGGCUGCGGGAGUGUUAGCUGCUGCGGGAACGCGGGCUCCGGUGGCGGCGGCGGUGGCGGCGCGGGCAGCGGCGCGGGGAGCGGCGCGGGGAGCGGCGCGGGGAGCGGCGAACGCCGGAAGCGGAGGAGCACGGACUCGUCCUCCAGCGUGUCGGGCUCCCUGCCGCAGGAAACCAAAUCUCUUUUGCCAACUUCGGAAAAAGAGUUAUUUUUGGCAGAGCACAGUGACCUUGAAGAAGGUGGACUGGAUUUGACUGUGUCAUUAAAACCAGUUAGUUUCUAUAUAUCAGAUAAAAAAGAAAUGCUUCAGCAGUGCUUCUGUAUUAUAGGAGAGAAGAAAUUACAGAAGAUGCUUCCUGAUGUGUUAAAGAACUGUUCAAUAGAGGAAAUUAAAAAACUAUGCCAAGAACAAUUAGAGCUACUAUCUGAAAAAAAAAUCCUGAAGAUUCUUGAGGGUGACAAUGGUGUGGACUCUGAUAUGGAAGAGGAGGCAGAUGAUGGCUCCAAGAUGGGAUCUGAUUUAGUCAGUCAACAAGACACCUGUAUAGAUUCUACUUCAUCCCUGAAAGAAAACAAACAACUGGAAUGUUUGGAGUUAAAACAAGGUAAAGGGGAAGAUAGUGAUGUACUCAGUAUAAAUGCAGAUGCUUAUGACAGCGACAUAGAAGGCCCAUGCAAUGAAGAAACUGCUGCUCCUGAGGCCUCAGAAAAUACAGUCCAAAGUGAAGCAGGUCAGAUAGAUGACCUGGAGAAAGAUAUUGAAAAAAGUGUGAAUGAGAUUCUGGGACUGGCAGAGUCUAGCACAAAGGAACCAAAGGCAGCCACCCUGACUGUUCCUCCACCAGAAGAUGUUCAGCCUUCUGCUCAGCAAUUGGAGCUGCUGGAACUUGAGAUGAGGGCAAGAGCAAUUAAGGCCCUGAUGAAAGCUGGUGAUGUAAAAAAGCCAGCCUAAUUUCACUUCACUUUGAAUUGUAGGUGUGCUUGAAUGAAGCCAUGUGAUAUAAUUUUGUAUCUGAAAUUUCUUUUAGGUCUUUUGUGGUGUUUCUCAUGUAACUCUUAAUAGAUAAAUUCAUCUUAGAUUUGAAAUACUUUUGUUUUUGAAAAAUUUUCUAUUUUAUAUGUAUGUCUAAAUUCAUGGCAAAUAUAAUUGGAUAGCGUGAGACUUCUUUAGAUGAUUAUUUAGUUAUGUCUGUAAACGAAUCUCUUAAAAGCCAUUAGCAAAGAGUCCUAGUAUUUUUUCCCUUUUUUAAAGAAAAAAAAAACCAACAACAAACUAUUUCAGCCAAUACACUGAAAUGCUUUAAGAAAAAUUGAGCAAGCAUGUUUAUCUUAAGGCUACCUAUAUUUUGCAACUGAAGGUUAAAAUUAUGGCUUCUAGAUUUCCUAACAAUAAAAUAAAUUUAGUUUUGUGUAAAUGUACUUUAAAAAUACAUGUUGUUUUGAAGAUGCCUUCUGUGAAUUCAGACUUGCUCCUCCAAAUUCAGUAAUAGUUUGCAUUAUAAGUCUUAGAGCUCUGAAAUGGUUGUGAAAAGAUUUUUUUUUUUGUAAAGAAAAAGAGACAUAAAUGUAUGGCAAUUUCCAAUAGUACAAAACUAUGUAUGCAUGCUUAAUUCCAGCAGACAAACCAUUCAGACAGGUGUUUAAUCCUAUUAGGCCCUUGGUUUCCUUGUUACUAUUUAUUUUUAAUUAUAAAAGGAACAUUUUCGUUCACAUUCCAACAAACUAUCACGAAAUUCUGAAUUUUUAUUAUAAAGGGUUUCAUUUUAUACUAUUGCUUAAAGAUCUGAUGUGCUAUAAUUCCAUGAAUUAAAAUAAUAAAAGACUAUAAUUCUGGAUCUGAAGACUUGAUACUUUUCCCAAAGCAAAGUUAAUUUCAGGAACCUUUCAUAAGUUGAUGUUAAAAUUAAUUUUGUAUAGUUUCUGUAAACAGCAUCUUGCCAUAAAGAUAGAUGCUUUUCCCAUUAACAAUUGCAAUGUUUGAUACCAAAAUAGAAUUAGGUAGGGUCUCUUAGAUUAAAUAAAUUAAUUUUUUCUAA